AUGAGCCAUGUUGUUUGGAACUCUCAUAGCAAAGAAUCAUUUUACAGGAAUUGGAAUAAUUUUCUGAUGAAGUAUGGUCUUGUGGACAACAAGUGGCUUUCAGAGUUUUACAAAGACCAUCAUAUAUGGAUUCCAAUUUAUCUCGAUCACCACUUCUGGGCCGGGAUGAGAAGCACACAGAGGAGCGAGAGUAUGCAUGCCUUUUUUAACAAGUUUAUUACGCAGAACAACUCACUUAUUCAAUUCGUCAAACAAUACGAUAAUUGCCUCGGAAGUAGGGAGCAAAGAGAGAGAGAAUCGGAUGCUGCAGAUUUUCACACCGUCAUACCAUGUGCAACAAAAUCCUCAAUAGAAGCUCAGUUUCAACAGGUGUACACUCACCAGAAGUUUAGGAAAGUCCAAGUACAAUUCAGAGGGAAGGUGAAUUGCAUCACAAGAUCAACGAACUCUGCUCUAGGCUAUUCGGUAUAUGAAGAUGUAGAACAAGUUUCCAACUCAACAUUCAACAAGUUCACGGUUCGGUAG